AUGAAAUUCCAAACUCCAUUUGAUAACCCAUAUUCCCAAAUCGAUCCAAAUUCGCAAAACCAAAUGGCCCACGAAUAUGAAAUGGACCCUUAUGGCGGGUAUGCUGGUACAACCGCAGCUUCUGCAGCAGCUGCAGCUUCUACAGGAGGCCCAGGCAUAACUACUGGUAACCGGAACUCUACAGUGCCACGACCAGACGACAUGGUGGCCUACUUUGAGGAAAUUGAAGAUUUGAAAAAAACAAUUGCAGAAUAUGAUAGCAACGUGGAUCGGAUUGAGUCGUUACAUCAACGAUCAUUAGUGGAAGUAAAUGAUGAACAACUGCAGAUUCUUAACUCUCAAAUUCGGGCAUUAGUGGAUGAAACUUCAGCUCUGGCAAAGGAACUACGUGGACGUAUACAACAGCUAUUGAAUGAGUCACAGUAUGAUAACACCAAACGUGUUCAGGCAGACAAUAUCAAGACUCAGUUCCAAUCGUCAGUACGGCGGUAUCAAGGUGUAGAAUCUGCAUUCCGCAACCGGUACCGAGAACAAGCUGAACGCCAAUACCGGACGAUAAAGCCUGAGGCACCUGAAGAAGAAGUUCGUGCAGUUGUUACACAAGCUCUGGAAGAUCCAUCAGGACAAGGAGGCCAGAUAUUUUCACAAGCACUGCUAAAUAGCAAUAGACGUGGAGAAGCGCAAGCGGCGCUUGGCGAGGUACGUGCGCGGCAUGAGGGUAUUUUACAAAUUGCAAAGACAAUGGAAGAACUUGCUGGAUUAUUUCAAGACUUGGAGACAAUGGUUGCAGAACAGGCAGCAGCAGUGGAUCAGGUUGAUGUACAUGUGGAGCAAGCACAACAUGAUAUUGAGCGAGGGCUUGGAGAGACGAGUGGUGCUGUGGGGUAUGCACGCAAGGCUCGUAGAAAGAAGUGGAUUUGUUUUGGUAUUUGUGUGUUGGUUUGUUUAAUUCUGGCCCUUGUAUUGGGGCUUGUAUUUGGGUUGAAAAAUAAUUGA